AUUAUUUUUAUCUUCCAAACUAUUUAACUAUCUGCUGAAUGGAGAAGGAUAAUAAUCAGAUAACCCAUUUUUUUAACUCGGUUAUUUUAUUAUCGGUUUAUCAGAAAAGUUAUGCAUUUAUGAAGAUUUUUCUAUAGAAUUUAUUAUCGGUCACCAUUGACUGUGACAAAAAACUAUUGUACAUCCAACCUUCAACUGUUAUCGUUCGCCAUUCGCCUUCAACCGUCGUUCACAGUUGGUUUUGCUGCAAUUUCUGUUUUGAAGCACAGUUGAAGGUCGAAACUCUAUUGACGUAUUAUUGCAAUGGAGAAAAUUGCUGAACGGAGUGUUGGCAGGAAGAAGUAAUACAGGUAUGUGAAGUGUCUUCCUCUUCCUCCUCCAUCGCAUUCACCCACCAGCCACCGUUGUCAUCGUUGGAGGAGUUCGGAGUUCGUCGGAGGCAUGUCGUUCACCGCAACUGUUCCGACGUUCACCGUCACUGCAAGCCAGAAAACGUCAUUGGAGGUACUCGGCGGAAUGAGAGGAAUGACAGUUUUAGUGUGGCUUAGGUCAGCUGUUGAUCCAGAUGAGGGAAUUCGCUUUAGGGAAAUGUCCAUUCCUGAAUGCCAAAAAAAGCUUCCAGAUUAUGCUUAUAAGGUAAUUGAUGCGUUACCUGUUUCUGCUCAUCCAACGACUCAGUUCACAACUGGUGUCAUGGCACUACAUGUCAAGCAAAAGAUUCUUUCAUGAUUUUUUACUUUAUGUUUUUUCUCUAUUCUUUUGAGCUAUAACUUUUCUUCUAUAAUUCAAUUGGUUUAUCAAUCUGAUUGAUUUGCUAAUACUUUAAUAAUAUCAAGCCUGAGCAGAGAAUUUUGUACAAAGUUUCAUUAGGAUGACAAUGGAUCAAAGUUUUGCUCAUAUAAAGCUAAAAUUGGGAGGGAGAUC